AACAAGAAGUCUGACACAGCACCUAACAUGAAUAUGUCACUGUCAGAACCUCCCGAUGAUAGUGAUCAGGAGGACCUAGAUAAAUUCAUAGCUGAAAUUGAAGAUGCAGCAGAUCGUGAAUGGGCUGAAGAGGAAGCAGCUGAAGAAAGAGAGCUUGGAACAAUUAGAUACUGGAACAGAGAAGAAAUUGGAGGAAGGACUAGUGAGAGUGAUGAUGAAGAUGCUGAUAAUCUUGGGGGUGAUAAUGAAUGGGAUUCUGGUAAUGCUGAGAUUAUGAGUGACCUUGGGAGUGACUAUGACUCUGCAGAAGCUAAUAAUGAAUUCAAGAGAUCCAGAGUUGAAAAGGGGAAGCUGGAUAAGAUUUGCAGAUCAAAUGCUACUGCAGGUUUCAAGAGAAAUGCUGAGCCUAGUUAUGAACGAAAGAUGGCAGAAGUAGAUUCUGAGUCAGAAAAUGAUCUGAGGGAUCUUGAUAAUGCAAUGUGGAAAUCUGAUGCUGAGGAAGACCAUGAUUCUAGAUCAUCAGAAGCGGUGUCCACGUAUGAUUUCAGGAGCAGUAUUGAUUAAGAGGAUGAAUCUUUUCCCAAUAAUGGAAAUAAGAGAAAUGGGAUGCAUGAUUAUGAAAGUAGUCCUGAUGAAGAAUUCAAGACACUUAAUACAGCAGAAUGGAAUCAGGAGAGCAGUACUAGAGACAAUUUCACUGAAGUUAACUCUAGGAGAAAGAUGGCUGCCAGAGGUUCUAUGUCUGAUAAUGUGUUAAAUUGAUUCUGAAAUUGCAAUGUGGGAAUCAGACUCUGAUGAAGAAUCAAGAGCAGAAAGAUAU